CGGAGGGUGCGAGUCCGGCCGGGAGCCCCUAGCACAUCCCGGCCCCUCCGACCCCUCAGCUCGGCCGCCACCUGAGAGCCGUUGGUGUUCGGGAAGGACGCUUCCCGUGGCGGGAUCCUCGUCGGUCAGAGGCCGGUCCCGGGCCUGGCGGGGGUUGACCCGCGACUGCUGGGCCGGGGCGGGACCCCGCGCGCACCUGCCCGCGAGGCGGCUGCGCGGACAGACGUUCCAGCCCCUCCCGCCUCGCCGUGUGUUUACGUGGAGACGAAGAUGGCGGCGGCGGUGACGGCGCUUCCCGUGCUGCUGAAGACAACCCUCCAGUGAGCGCGGAGACUGCUUCCACUCCGGGCGGGGGAGCGCGGGCCGGCUGUGCGCCCUGGGCCGCGGAGCUCGCCGUCCCACCUCCGUCUUAACCGACCUUUCCUUUCUACCCCCGACCACCCCUUAACCCCUGUGUUCCCCUGCCUUCCUCGCAGAGGCCAUGGAGGACGAGGAGAGACAGAAGAAGCUGGAGGCCGGCAAAGCCAAGCUUGCCCAGUUUCGACAAAGAAAAGCUCAAUCAGAUGGGCAGAAUCCUUCCAAGAAGCAGAAAAAAAAGAGAAAAACGUCAAGCAGUAAACAUGAUGGGUCAGUGCACCAUGAUUUGAAUAUUCAUCAAUCACAGUGUGAUGAAAUGUACAUAAAUAGUUCUCAGAGAGUAGAAUCAACUGUGACUCCUGAAUCUACGAUGAGAACUCUACAUAGUGGAGAAAUAACCAGUCAUGACCAGGUCUUCUCUGCUGAACUGGAAAGUGAAGUUUCAACCACAGCGGAUGACUACAGUUCAGAGGUAAAUGGUUGCAGUUUUGUGAUGAGAACAGGAAAGCCUACAAAUUUAUUAAGGGAAGAAGAAUUUGGUGUUGAUGAUUCUUAUUCUGAACAAGGAGCACAGUACAGUCCAACUCACCUAGAGAUGAUGGAAAGUGAGUUGGCUGGGAAGCAGCAUGAGAUUGAAGAGCUAAACAGAGAGCUGGAAGAAAUGAGGGUUACCUAUGGGACUGAAGGACUGCAGCAAUUACAAGAAUUUGAAGCUGCCAUUAAACAAAGAGAUGGCAUCAUAACCCAGCUCACUGCUAAUUUACAACAAGCAAGAAGAGAAAAGGAUGAGACAAUGAGAGAAUUUUUAGAGUUGACAGAACAGAGUCAAAAAUUACAGAUUCAAUUUCAGCAAUUACAGGCUAGUGAAACUCUGAGAAACAGCACUCAUAGUAGCACAGCUGCAGACUUACUACAAGCCAAACAACAGAUCCUCACUCAUCAACAGCAGCUUGAAGAACAAGACCACCUAUUAGAAGAUUAUCAGAAAAAGAAAGAAGACUUCAAAAUGCAAAUUAGUUUCUUGCAAGAGAAAAUUAAAGUAUAUGAAAUGGAACAAGAUAAAAAAGUAGAAAACUCAAAUAAAGAAGAAAUACAGGAAAAGGAGGCGAUCAUUGGAAAACUAAACACAAAAAUAAUAGAAGAAGAAAAAAAAACUCUUGAGCUAAAGGAUAAAUUAACAGCUGCUGAUAAAUUACUAGGAGAGUUACAAGAACAAGUUGUGCAAAAGAACCAAGAAAUAAAAAAUAUGAAAUUAGAGCUGAAUAAUUCUAAGCAAAAAGAAAGACAAUCUUCUGAAGAAAUAAAACAGUUAAUGGGGACAGUCGAAGAACUUCAGAAGAGAAAUCAUAAAGACAGUCAGUUUGGAACUGAUAUAGUACAACGAAUGGAACAAGAAACUCAAAGAAAGUUAGAACAACUCCGGGCAGAGCUGGAUGAGAUGUAUGGGCAGCAGAUAGUGCAAAUGAAACAAGAAUUAAUAAGACAACACAUGUCACAAAUGGAGGAACUUAAAACACUGUAUAAGGGAGAAAUGGAGAAUGUGUUCAGGUCACAUCCAAAUAUUACAGUUAAUGAAGAUCAGGUAGAGUUAAUGAAUGUGGCAAUAAAUGAACUGAAUAUAAAAUUGCAAGAUACUAACUCUCAAAAGGAAAAACUCAAGGAAGAACUAGGAAGAAUUUUAGAAGAAAAAUGUGCUCUACAGAGACAGCUUGAAGACCUUUUUGAAGAAUUGAGCUUUUCAAGGGAGCAAAUUCAGAGAGCUAGACAGACAGUAGCUGAACAAGAAAGUAAACUGAAUGAAGCACAUAAGUCUCUUAGUACAGUGGAAGAUUUGAAAGCUGAGAUUGUUUCUGCAUCUGAAUCCAGAAAGGAACUAGAAUUAAAACAUGAAGCAGAAGUUACAAAUUACAAGAUAAAACUUGAAAUGUUAGAAAAAGAAAAGAAUGCUGUCUUAGAUAGAAUGGCUGAAUCACAAGAAGCUGAAUUAGAGAGGCUGCGAACACAGCUUCUAUUUAGUCAUGAAGAAGAACUUUCCAAGCUGAAGGAAGAUUUAGAAAUUGAACAUCGAAUAAAUAUUGAAAAACUUAAAGAUAACUUAAGCAUUCACUAUAAACAGCAGAUAGAUGGUUUACAGAAUGAAAUGAGUCAAAAGAUAGAAACCAUGCAGUUUGAAAAAGACAAUUUGAUAACUAAGCAGAAUCAAUUAAUUUUGGAAAUUUCGAAGCUGAAAGAUUUACAGCAGUCUCUUGUAAAUUCAAAGUCAGAAGAAAUGACUCUUCAAAUCAAUGAACUUCAAAAAGAAAUUGAAAUACUCAGACGAGAAGAAAAGGAAAAGGGUACACUUGAACAAGAAGUUCAAGAAUUACAACUUAAAACAGAAUUAUUAGAAAAACAGAUGAAGGAAAAAGAGAAUGAUCUUCAAGAAAAAUUCACACAGCUUGAAGCAGAGAAUAACAUUCUUAAAGAUGAAAAGAAAGCACUUGAAGACAUGUUGAAAAUACAUACUCCUAUUAACCAAGAAGAAAGAUUGAUUUUCAUAGAUUCCAUUAAGUCCAAAUCCAAAGACUCUGUCUGGCAAAAAGAAAUAGAAAUCCUUACAGAGGAAAAUGAGGACCUCAAACAACAAUGUAUUCAGCUAAAUGAAGAGAUUGAAAAGCAAAGGAACACUUUUUCAUUUGCUGAAAAGAACUUUGAAGUUAACUAUCAAGAGUUACAAGAGGAGUAUGCUUGCCUUCUCAAAGUAAAAGAUGAUUUAGAAGACAGUAAAAAUAAACAGGAAUUAGAGUAUAAAAGUAAGCUUAAGGCACUUAAUGAAGAGCUUCAUUUGCAAAGAAUAAAUCCAGCUCCAGUGAAAAUGAAAAGUUCUGUCUUUGAUGAAGACAAAACUUUUCUAGCAGAAACAUUGGAAAUCGGUGAGGUUGUUGAGAAGGAUACAACAGAACUCAUGGAAAAGCUUGAGGUAACCAAGCGAGAGAAAUUAGAGCUGUCACAGAGACUGUCUGAUCUUUCUGAACAGUUGAAACAGAAACAUGGUGAGAUUAGUUUUCUAAAUGAAGAAGUUAAAUCUUUAAAGCAAGAGAAAGAACAAGUUUUAUUGAAAUGUAGAGAACUAGAAAUCAUUAUUAACCACAACAGGGCAGAAAAUAUACAGUCAUGUGAUACUCAAGUAAGCUCUUUAUCAGAUGGAGUUGUGACUAUGACAAGCAGGGAUGCUGAAGGAUCAAUUUCUAAAGUAAAUAAAAGUUUUGGUGAAGAAUCAAAAAUAAUGGUGGAAGAUAAAGUUUCUUUUGGAAAUAUGACUAUUGGAAAAGAACAUAAGCAAGAACAGUUCAUUUUCGAUCACUUGCCAUCAGUAACAAAGGAAUCAUCACUUAGAGCAACUCAACCAAGUGAAAAUGAUAAACUUCAGAAAGAACUCAGUGUACUUAAAUCAGAACAGAAUGAUUUAAGGCUACAAAUGGAAGCCCAGCGCAUUUGCCUGUCUCUGGUUUAUUCAACUCAUGUGGAUCAGGUUCGUGAAUAUAUGGAAAAUGAAAAAGAUAAAGCUCUUUGCAGUCUUAAAGAGGAGCUUAUUUCUGCUCAAGAGGAAAAGAUCAAGGAACUUCAGAAAACACACCAGUUAGAGCUACAGAAUAUAAAAACAGAAGAAACAGGUGAUGAAGCAAAGCCUUUACAUCUGCUCAUUGGAAAACUUCGAAAGGCAGUGUCUGAAGAAUGUUCUAAUUUUUUACAGACUUUAUGCAAUGUCCUUGGUGAAUAUUAUACUCCUACUUUAAAAUAUGAAGUAAAUGCAGAAGAGAGAGAGAAUUCUUGUGAUUACACUUCUGGAAAUGAAGAUGCAGAAUUGCAAGAUUAUAGAGAUGAAGUUCAAGACUUUCAAGAAAAUAUGCACACUCUUCUCAACAAAGUAACAGAAGAAUACAACAAACUCUUGGUACUUCAAGCACGAUUAAGCAAGAUUUGGGGACAGCAAACAGAUGGUAUGAAACUUGAAUUUGGAGAAGAAAACCUUCCAAAAGAGGAAACAGAGUUUUUAUCAAUCCAUUCUCAGAUGACCAAUCUGGAAGACAUUGAUGUCAGUCAUAAAAGCAAGUUAUCUUCUCUGCAAGAUACUGAAAAAACUAAACAACUUGAAGAACAAGUUCAAGAAUUAGAAAGCCUCGUAUCCUCUUUGCAGCAACAAUUGAAAGAAACUGAACAAAACUAUGAGGCAGAGAUCCACUGUUUACAGAAGCUUCAAGGUGUUAGUGAGUCCACAGUUCCGCCAAGCUUCUCCAUUGAUUCAGUGGUAAUUACAGAAUCUGAUGCACAGAGAACAAUGUAUCCUGGAAGUCGUGUGAAAAAGAAUAUUGAUGGUACAAUAGAGUUUUCUGAUGAAGAGGAAACAAAUAUGGUUAAGUUGUUGGAAAAACAAUACCAAGAACGAUUAGAAGAAGAAGUAGCUAAGGUUAUUGUGUCAAUGAGCAUAGCAUUUGCUCAACAAAUUGAACUGUCUAGAAGAAUAUCUGGGGGAAAAGAAAAUACUACAUCAUCAGAGCAAGGACAUGCUGUGUGUCAGCAAGAACAACAGUAUUUUAAUGAAAGGAAAUUAUCACAGGAUCAAAUUCCUUUUCAGACUUUUGAGACAGUGGAUGUGAAAUUUAAAGAGGAAUUUAAACCACUCAGUAAAGAGUUAGGAGAACAUGGAAAGGACGUUUUAUUGUCAAAUAAUGAUCCCGAUGAUAUGCUAGAAACAAAGGACUGUGUGCUGACUACUUCAGAAGAAAUGUUCUCCAAAGAUAAAACAUUUAUAGUCAGAGAAUCUAUUCGUGAUGAGAUUUCAAUGUCAAACACGGAUGCUUCUAGACAACUAAUGUUAAAUGAAGAACAGUUGGAAGAUAUGAGACAGGAACUUGUACGACAAUACCAAGAACAUCAACAGGCAACAGAACUGUUAAGGCAAGCACAUAUGCGUCAGAUGGAGAGACAGCGAGAAGACCAGGAACAGCUACAAGAAGAGAUUAAGAGACUUAAUAGACAAUUAGCCCAGAGAUCCUCCAUAGAUAAUGAAAACCUGGUUUCAGAGAGAGAGAGGGUGCUUUUAGAGGAGCUGGAAGCACUAAAGCAGCUGUCUUUAGCUGGAAGAGAGAAGCUGUGUUGUGAGCUGCGCAACAGCAGUACGCAAACACAGAAUGGAAGUGAAAACCAAGGAGAAGUUGAGGAAGAGACAUUUAAAGAAAAGGAAUUGGACAGAAAACCUGACGACGUGCCUCCUGAGAUUUUAUCUAAUGAAAGGUAUGCACUCCAGAAAGCUAAUAACAGGCUUUUGAAGAUCCUCUUAGAAGUUGUAAAGACCACAGCAGCUGUUGAAGAAACAAUUGGUCGCCAUGUCCUUGGGAUUCUAGAUAGAUCUAGUAAAAGCCAGUCAUCUGCCAGCCUAAUUUGGAGGUCAGAAGCAGAGGCAUCUGUGAAGUCAUGUGUCCAUGAAGAACACACAAAAGUUACAGAUGAAUGCAUUCCCUCUUAUUCUGGAAGUGAUAUGCCAAGAAAUGACAUUAGCAUGUGGUCAAAAGUAACUGAGGAAGGAACAGAGCUGUCACAACGACUCGUUAGGAGUGGUUUUGCUGGAACUGAAAUAGACCCUGAAAAUGAAGAACUUAUGCUGAAUAUUAGCUCUCGACUACAAGCAGCAGUUGAAAAACUCCUAGAAGCCAUAAGUGAAACUAGUAGUCAGCUUGAACAUGCGAAAGUUACACAAACAGAAUUGAUGCGUGAGUCAUUUAGACAGAAACAAGAAGCAACAGAGUCCCUUAAGUGCCAAGAGGAACUUCAAGAGCGCCUUCAUGAGGAGUCCAGGGCCAGAGAACAGCUAGCUGUGGAGCUCAGUAAGGCUGAGGGUGUCAUUGAUGGCUAUGCAGAUGAAAAAACUCUUUUUGAAAGGCAAAUUCAGGAAAAAUCUGAUAUAAUAGAUCGCCUUGAGCAGGAGUUGUUGUGUGCAAGUAACAGAUUGCAAGAAUUGGAGGCAGACCAACAGCAGAUCCAAGAAGAAAGAGAAUUACUGUCCAGACAAAAGGAAGCUAUGAAAGCAGAGGCGGGCCCAGUCGAACAACAAUUACUACAGGAGACAGAAAAAUUAAUGAAGGAAAAACUAGAAGUACAGUGUCAAGCUGAAAAAGUACGCGAUGACCUUCAGAAACAAGUGAAAGCUUUAGAAAUAGAUGUGGAAGAACAAGUCAGUAGGUUUAUAGAGCUGGAACAAGAAAAAAAUGCUGAACUAAUGGAUUUAAGACAGCAAAACCAAGCACUGGAAAAGCAGUUAGAAAAAAUGAGAAAAUUUUUAGAUGAGCAAGCCAUUGAUAGAGAACAUGAGAGAGACGUAUUCCAACAGGAAAUACAGAAACUAGAACAGCAACUUAAGGUUGUUCCUCGAUUCCAGCCUAUCAGUGAACAUCAAACUAGAGAGGUUGAACAGUUAACAAAUCAUCUGAAAGAAAAAACAGACAAAUGCAGUGAGCUUUUGCUCUCUAAAGAGCAGCUUCAAAGGGAUAUACAAGAGAGGAAUGAAGAAAUAGAGAAACUGGAGUUCAGAGUAAGAGAACUGGAGCAGGCACUGCUCGUGAGUGCUGAUACUUUUCAAAAGGUGGAAGACCGAAAACAGUUUGGAGCUAUAGAAGCUAAACCAGAAUUGUCUCUGGAAGUACAAUUACAGGCUGAGCGAGAUGCCAUAGACAGAAAGGAAAAAGAGAUUACAAACUUAGAAGAGCAAUUAGAACAAUUUAGAGAAGAACUGGAAAAUAAGAAUGAAGAAGUUCAACAACUACAUAUGCAAUUAGAAAUACAGAAAAAGGAAUCCACUACCCGCCUGCAAGAACUUGAACAAGAAAACAAAUUAUUUAAGGAUGACAUGGAGAAACUGGGACUUGCCAUAAAGGAAUCUGAUGCUAUGUCUACGCAGGACCAACAUGUGCUCUUUGGGAAAUUUGCUCAAAUAAUACAGGAAAAAGAGGUAGAAAUUGACCAAUUAAAUGAACAAAUUAUGAAACUCCAGCAGCAACUUAAAAUUACAACAGAUAACAAGGUUAUUGAAGAAAAAAAUGAACUGAUAAGGGAUCUUGAAACCCAAAUAGAAUGUUUGAUGAGUGAUCAAGAAUGUGUGAAGAGAAAUAGAGAAGAAGAAAUAGAGCAGCUCAAUGAAGUGAUUGAAAAACUUCAACAGGAAUUGGCAAAUAUUGGACAGAAGACAUCAGUGGAUGCUCAUUCCCUCCCAGAAGAAGCAGACAGUUUAAAACAUCAAUUGGAUAUGGUUAUAGCUGAAAAGCUGGCCUUGGAACAGCAAGUAGAAACCACUAAUGAAGAAAUGACCUUCACAAAAAAUGUACUUAAAGAAACCAAUUUUAAAAUGUAUCAGCUAACACAGGAAUUAUUCAGCUUAAAGAGAGAACGUGAAAGUAUGGAAAACAUUCAGAGUAUACCAGGGAAAACUCUUAACACAGCUAUAGAUGAUCUGAGCAAAGACAAACCUGAACUGGAAGUAGUCCUUACAGAGGAUGCUCUUAAAUCCCUAGAAAAUCAGACAUAUCUCAAAUCUUUUGAAAAAAAUGGUAAAGGUUCCAUAAUUAAUUUGGAAACAAGGUUGUUACAACUUGAGAGCACUGUUAGUGCAAAGGACUUAGAACUUACCCAGUGCUAUAAACAAAUAAAAGAUAUGCAAGAACAAAGCCAGUCUGAAAUAGAAAUGCUUCAAAAGAAGAUUAUAAACCUACAGAAAAUACUUGAAGAAAAAGUGGCUGCUGCUCUUGUGAGUCAAAUCCAACUUGAGGCAGUUCAGCAAUAUGCAAAGUUCUGUCAAGAUAAUCAAAGAAUUUCAUCAGAACCUGAGAGAACAAAUACACAGAAUUUAAAUCAACUAAGAGAAGAUGAGUCAGUGUCAAAUGUAUCAACAUUAACCUUAAGAAUAUCAGAAUUAGAAAGCCAGGUUGUUGAAAUGCAUACUAGUUUGAUUUUAGAAAAAGAACAAGUAGAAAUUGCAGAGAAAAAUGCUUUAGAAAAAGAAAAGAAGCUGCUAGAACUACAAAAGCUAUUAGAGGGCAACGAAAAAAAACAGGGAGGGAAAGAAAGGAAAAGAAGCCCUCAGGAUUUUGAAGUUCUCAAGACAACUGCUAAGCUAUUUCAUACCAGUGAAGAAAGUGGAUUUUUUAAUGAACUUGAGGCUCUUAGAGCUGAAUCAGUGGCUACCAAAGCAGAACUUGAGAGUUAUAAAGAAAAGACUGAAAAACUUCAAGAAGAACUUUUGGUAAAAGAAACAAAUAUAGCAUGUCUUCAAAAGGACUUAAGCCAAGUUAGGGAUCACCUCACAGAGGCAAAAGAGAAAUUGUCCAUUUUACAAAAAGAUGAGACUGAGGUACAAGAAAACAAAAAGAUCUGCAUGUUCGAGCCACUUCCUAUAAAAUUGAGUAAGAGCAUUGCAUCCCAGACAGAUGGGACUCUGAAGGUCAAUAGCAGCAAUCAGACUCCACAAAUUCUUGUUAAAAAUGCAGGAAUACAAAUUGAUUUACAGAGUGAAUGUUCUUCAGAAGAAGUUACUGAAAUAAUCAAUCAGUUUACUGAAAAAAUUGAGCAGAUGCAAGAACUACAUGCUGCUGAAAUUUUGGACAUGGAAUCUAGACAUAUUUCAGAGACUGAAACCUUGAAGAGGGAACACUUUGUUGCUGUUAAGUUGCUGACAGAGGAAUGUGGUACCUUGAAGGCAGUGAUACAGUGUCUGAGAAGUAAAGAGGGAUCCUCAAUUCCUGAAUUAACACAUUCUGAUGCUUACCAAACUAGAGAAAUAUGCUCCAGUGAUUCUGGAUCAGACUGGGGUCAGGGAAUUUAUCUUACACACAGUCAGGGAUUUGACACAGCAUCAGAAGGCCGAGGAGAAGAAGGUGAAAGUUCAAUAGAUUCCUUUCCAAAGAAAAUAAAGGGAUUACUGAGAGCUGUCCAUAAUGAAGGCAUGCAGGUGCUUUCUCUCACUGAGUCGCCCUAUAGUGAUGGAGAGGACCAUUCUAUUCAGCAGGCUUCAGAAUCUUGGCUAGAAGAGAGAAAAGCUUACCUCAGUAUAAUUUCAUCUCUUAAGGAUUUAAUUACCAAAAUGCAACUGCAAAGAGAAGCUGAGGUUUAUGAUAGUUCUCAGUCUCAUGAGAGCAUCUCAGACUGGCGAGGUGAACUACUGCUUGCCCUUCAACAAGUUUUCUUAAAAGAACGUAGUGUUUUCCUAGCGGCAUUUCGGACGGAGCUGACAGCUCUGGGUACUACAGAUGCAGCUGGUUUAUUAAACUGUUUGGAACAGAGAAUACAAGAACAGGGUGUUGAAUAUCAAGCAGCUAUGGAAUGCCUGCAGAAAGCAGAUAGAAGGAGUUUGUUAUCUGAAAUUCAGGCACUGCAUGCACAAAUAAAUGGUAGGAAAAUUACUCUGAAAAGAGAACAAGAGAAUGAGAAACCAAGCCAAGAACUCUUGGAAUAUAAUAUACAGCAGAAGCAGUCUCAAAUGCUGGAAAUGCAAGUGGAGCUCAGCAGUAUGAAAGACAGAGCAACAGAACUGCAGGAGCAGCUGAGUUCUGAGAAAAUGCUGGUUGCUGAACUGAAGAGUGAGCUUGCACAAACUAAAUUGGAACUAGAAACAACACUCAAGGCACAGCAUAAACACCUAAAGGAAUUAGAGGCUUUCAGGUUGGAAGUUAAAGAUAAAACAGAUGAAGUACAUUUGCUCAAUGAUACAUUAGCAAGUGAACAGAAAAAAACAAGAGAGCUCCAAUGGGCUUUGGAGAAAGAGAAAGCCAAGUUGGGACACAGUGAAGAACGGGAUAAAGAGGAACUUGAGGAUCUGAAGUUUUCACUUGAGAGUCAGAAACAAAGGAAUCUUCAGCUAAAUCUACUUUUGGAACAACAGAAACAACUACUGAACGAAUCCCAGCAAAAAAUAGAAUCACAGAGAAUGCUAUAUGAUGCCCAGCUGUCUGAAGAACAAGGUCGAAACUUAGAGCUUCAAGUGCUUCUUGAAUCUGAGAAAGUUCGAAUUCGGGAAAUGAGUAGUACCCUAGAUAGGGAGCGGGAAUUGCAUGCACAGCUGCAGAACAAUGAUAGUACUGGGCAGCCUCGGCCAUCCUUGCCCUCGGAGGACCUACUAAAAGAGCUGCAGAAACAGCUAGAGGAAAAGCACAGACGCAUAGUAGAAUUGUUAAAUGAGACCGAAAAAUAUAAACUGGAUUCACUGCAAACACGACAGCAAAUGGAAAAAGAUAGGCAGGUUCAUAGGAAAACACUGCAGACAGAGCAAGAGGCCAACACUGAGGGACAGAAAAAAAUGCAUGAGCUCCAGUCCAAAGUGGAAGAUCUUCAGCGCCAGCUGGAAGAGAAAAGACAACAAGUUUAUAAGUUAGACCUUGAAGGAAAGCGACUACAAGGAAUCAUGCAGGAAUUCCAGAAGCAGGAACUAGAAAGAGAAGAAAAACGAGAAAGUAGAAGAAUUCUGUAUCAAAAUCUUAAUGAGCCAGCCACGUGGAGCUUAACCAGUGAUCGAACAAGAAAUUGGGUUCUUCAACAGAAAAUAGAAGGAGAAACAAAGGAAUCAAACUACCCUAAAUUGGUUGAAAUGAAUGGAGGAGGAACUGGCUGUGAUCAUGAAUUAGAAAUGAUCAGACGAAAGCUUCAAUGUGUAGCUUCAAAACUACAGGUUCUAGCCCAGAAAGCCUCUACGAGACUACAGUUUGAAACAGCAGAUGAUGAAGAUUUCAUUUGGGUUCAGGAAAAUAUUGAUGAAAUUAUUUUACAACUACAGAAAUUAACUGGCCAGCAAGGUGAAGAGCCCAGCUUGGUGUCCCCAAGUACUUCUUGUGGCUCAUUGACUGAAAGACUACUGAGACAAAAUGCUGAACUGACAGGGCAUAUCAGUCAACUGACUGAAGAGAAGAAUGACUUAAGGAACAUGGUUAUGAAGCUGGAAGAGCAGAUCAGGUGGUAUCGACAGACAGGAGCUGGUAGAGAUCAUUCUUCUAGGUUUUCAUUGAAUGGUGGUGCCAACAUUGAAGCCAUCAUUGCCUCUGAAAAAGAAGUAUGGAAUAGAGAAAAAUUGAGUCUCCAGAAAUCUUUGAAAAGGGCAGAGGCUGAAGUAUACAAACUGAAAGCUGAACUAAGAAAUGAUUCUUUACUUCAAACUCUGAGCCCUGAUUCUGAACAUGUUACUUUAAAGAGAAUUUAUGGUAAAUACUUGAGGGCAGAAAGUUUUCGAAAGGCUCUCAUUUACCAGAAGAAAUACCUGCUGCUGUUACUGGGUGGGUUCCAGGAAUGUGAAGAUGCCACCUUGGCCCUGCUUGCCCGGAUGGGGGGACAGCCAGCUUUCACAGAUCUGGAGGUGAUCACCAAUCGCCCAAAGGGCUUCACCAGAUUUCGAUCGGCUGUCAGAGUAUCCAUUGCAAUUUCCAGAAUGAAAUUUUUGGUUCAACGGUGGCAUCGAGUCACAGGUUCUGGUUCCAUCAAUAUUAGCAGAGAUGGCUUCGGACUGAACCAAGGUGCAGAAAAGACUGACUCAUUUUAUCAUUCUUCUGGUGGGCUGGAGCUAUAUGGAGAAUCAAGGCAUACUACCUAUCGCUCAAGAUCAGAUCUGGACUAUGUUAGGUCCCCUUUACCAUUUCAAAAUAGGUACCCAGGCAUUCCAGCUGAUUUCAAUCCUGGUUCUUUAGCAUGUUCUCAGCUUCAGAAUUAUGAUCCUGACAGAGCCCUAACAGAUUAUAUCACUCGGCUAGAGGCACUGCAAAGACGACUUGGAACUGUACAGUCAGGUUCAACUACUCAUUUUCAUGCUGGCAUUAGAAGAUAAUCUUUUGAAACAUCAUGAGGUGAUUUAAAACAGAUUUCCUUUUGUAAAUCAGUGGUUCUUUUGUGCUUUUGUAUUGUGAAUAUUAGAUGGGACCAAUAUGAACACAGCUUAUGAUUGUAUACAAAUCCCUUGCCAGCACAUGAAAACAAACGAAUUUGUAUAUAAAAGCAUUGUGUAUGUAUUCAUGCACAAUAAUCAUUGAAUUACUUGUAUAUUUGUGGAAUGCUAAUUUAAAACAUUAAAUUAUAAACCUUGUGUAUUUAUCAAAUGGGUGAAGAAAAGAUUAAACUUUCACACAUUACAUUACUGCUGAAUGUGUAGCUUGAGGUGUCCUGCACUUUUCUUAUAAGGCUACUGAAGUUACAUGUUUCUGCCUAAUAUAUUCUACUGGUGAUGAAGACAGAUAAUAUCACUUGUAGAGACCUAUUUUUGUAUAACGGUAGAAGUUUUGAAUUUUAUGGGGUAUUUUGUCAAGUACUGAAAUAAAAAUGACUUCACCAUUUUCACCACA